ACUCAUCUCUCAGUAUCUCACUUUAUAAAUGUAGUACAUAAGUGUGGACCAAAAUUCUAUAAAAACCGUUUUAGCCUGGCCGGAGGGGAACAUUCAAACCCCAUGUUAUAACCCAAAUCUAUCUAAUGAAUUCAGACAGACCAUGUCAACUGUUUAAAAAAGUAAGUGAAAACUUGUUCACUUAUCAAAACACGCUUUUGAUCUCAGCUUUCAACCACCGCUCAUUGCGUGGUCUAAUUCAGCGACUUGUUCUCGAAGGCUGGCCAAACUGAAGAAGAUUGAAUGUGGGGCUGAAACCAGUGGCACAUGAGUGGAACAAGAGAGAAAGGCUCAGCAACCACCAAAACUCCAGCUGAUUUUCUUAAAUCUAUUCGGGGGCGACCUGUUGUUGUCAAGUUGAACUCUGGUGUUGACUAUCGAGGUAUUCUAGCUUGUCUUGAUGGAUAUAUGAAUAUAGCAAUGGAACAAACAGAGGAGUAUGUCAAUGGACAGCUGAAGAAUAAAUAUGGGGAUGCUUUUAUUCGUGGGAAUAAUGUGUUAUAUAUCAGCACAUCAAAAAGAACUCUAGCGGAAGGUGCAUAAAAAUUGGGAUUUCCCAAACACAUCAACUUAUUUCAUCAUUUUGUCUGCUGUUGAUGAAUGAGCAGAUCAAGAAUUCCUUCUUUUUCUAGGUAGAUCAAGAAGCUUUAUAUCACUAAACAUGUCAUUUGAACUAGAUCAGGUUUGGAAUGUAUACGACUUGUUUUGUGGUGCAGAUCGUCUGAUGUAUGAUUUGCCUGUAAUCUGCUACUAUUGCAUCA